UCCAUGGGAGAAAUAUAUUGAUUUUUCGGGACAAGAUGGUCGAUGGGAGAGAUCUGGGAAAAUAAAAGUUGCGCUGAAAUGUUUAAAUGAUUCUCAAGAGAUAUCUAAGGAAUUUUUAGAAGAG